UACGCGACGUUGAACCGCUUCACGUCCGCGCUAACAAAACUCGUUGAAAAUGCACACAGCAAAAUGGUAGAAUCGCUACAAAUGUUCUUAUUUCUGUUCAAAUCAAAAUACAGACGAAAAUUCUCAUGGUUUUCACCAUUCCUAUGUUCAGUCCUCAUAGUGUUAUUGUUUUGUGAUGGUGUACUUUCUAGGUGUAGUGACCAUAACUGUAUAAAUGGUGUGUGUAAAAAUGAUACAUGCGUGUGCUACGAGGGUUGGCAGGGUCCUGAGUGUCAAUACUGCGGCGGGAAAGUCAAGCUGACAUCCCCCACUGGGGUCAUAACCGACGGCCCCGGUAACUAUAGCGUGAGCACCCAAUGCUCGUGGCUGCUAGCGCCGCCGUGGCUGGGUCCUGGGCCACCGGCGCUGCGGGUGCGGUUAGAAAGCUUCGCUACGGAGUGCGGGUGGGACCACCUGUAUGUGUAUGACGGGGACAGCGUGCGAGCGGAGCGAUUGCUCGCUGUGUUCAGCGGAGUCCUGGAACCAGGCGAGUCGGGUUGGACGAGACAAGUCAUAGCGCGUUCUGGCAGCGCACUUUUACACUUCUUCUCCGAUGACGCAUAUGCGAUGGAGGGCUUUAACGUGACGUAUGCUGCGUACUCCUGCCCUUCGGACGACCAUCGGACUAAUUGUUCCAAUCACGGUGAAUGCGAAGAUGGGACGUGCAGGUGUGAAUCCGAUUGGUACGGAGUGGCCUGCGAUCAACCUGUGUGUCCAGACGAUUGCAACGCAGCCUACGGCGCCGGAUCGUGCACCGCCGCCGGCUGCGCUUGCACGCCGUCCCGCGCCGGGUCCGACUGCAGCCGCGACGCCGCCGCCGCCGGCUGGGGCUGGGCGUGGCGGGAGGCGGGCGACGCGCCGCCGGACCAGCCGCCGCCGGAAAACACGCCGGUUGCUGCCGCCGGACAUGUGUUGUUGAAUUAUGGAGAGGAUUUGUUAAGAGUGGGAGGGGAAACGUUUGCGCCGGCGCCGUUUUUAUACAGUGUGCUGAGUGGUGUCGACUAUACAUUGCGUCUUGGGAAUAAAACUGAGGUCACUGAGUUCGUCGGCUGGGGCUGGGCGUGGCGGGAGGCGGGCGACUCGCCGCCGGAUCAGCCGCCGCCGGAAAAUACGCCGGUUGCUGCCGCCGGACAUGUUUUGCUGAAUUAUGGGGAAGAUUUACUGAGGGUUGGUGGCGGUCUACACGUAUCUGGCCAUUCGGCUGUAGUGGUGAGAUUAGGCCCUACGAGGAAACCAGUCAUGUUGGUGUUCUUCGGACACUCGCCGCACUACGGAUACUUGCACACAGUACAGGAGUACUACAUAGAAGAAGGAGUGUGGGCAGCAGCCGAGACCCACGGCUGGGCGGCGCGCGCCGGCUUCGGUCACUCGGCGGCGUGGGACCCGCUCUCGGGACGAGUCUACGUGCACGGCGGGCUUGUGUCCGAAUCCGAAGCUACACAGGCGUGGGCAGUAGAGACCCACGGCUGGGCGGCGCGCGCCGGCUUCGGCCACUCGGCGGCGUGGGACCCGCUCUCGGGACGAGUCUACGUGCACGGCGGGCUUGUGUCCGAGUCCGAAGCUACACAGGGUCCGUCAGCGGCGCUGUACGAGUACGAUGUGAACAAGAAGAUAUGGAAGCCGCUUCCUUCCGCGCCGUCGCCCAGAUACCUGCACACCGCUACUUUUGUAUCGCCAGGUAUAAUGUUAGUGUUCGGCGGCAACGCACACAACGAUAGCUUGUCAGUCGCAGCCGCGUCGCGUUGCUACUCCGCCGGCGCUUUACUCUACAACGUCAGGUGUAAAACCUGGAUAACCAGUUCAAGUCCUACCGGGGCAGCGAGAGCGGCGCACGCGGCGGCGUCGUUGCCUCAGCUGCAGUCUUCGCAACAGAGCCGGCGCGCUGCUAUCAUACAUGGAGGUUUCGACGGCCGCCUGCGAUCCGACGCGCUUCUCUUCGAGACGGGCGACAAGUGUUCCUCGUACAAUGACGAAGUAGCAUGUGUUGCUGCUGCGAAUCACGCGGCGCGCGCGUGCGCGUGGCACGUGCACAAAAGGAUAUGUAUGCCGUUAGAAGAAGUUGGAUGGAAAGAAUCAUUCGAGGGUGAUGUGAAAGCGUGCGUCACAGAACCUACUUUUGACGAGCGACUAUGCGCGUCGGCGGAAAGCUGCGGCGCUUGCACGGCGGCGGGCUGCGCGUGGUGCGGCGCCUGUCUCGCGUCUGCUCUGUACUGCACGCGGCACACGCACCAGAUGGCGCUCUCGCUAGAAGAGUGCGGCGCCACGAGCGAAUCGCCGCGGGAGGCGUGCGGACGCUUCCACUCUUGCGCAGCUUGCUAUGCGCACCAACAUCACCAUACACACGGUUCUGAAGAAUUAACCCAGCGGUUAUGUUACUGGGACUACGACACGAUAAAAUGUAAACCUGCCAAUUCUUCUGAUGAUAUUAGGAGCGUAGCAUCGGCUGGCCCGUGCAGCGCUCCGUGUUCAACUUUCCAGACUUGCGCAAACUGCACCGCUGAAGAGUGCAUCUGGUGCGCGUCUGCUGGCAGAUGCGUGGAUAAGAACGCAUACGGCGCCUCGUUUCCCCUCGGCGGCUGCCGCCUAUGGUCGACCAGCGGCGGCGUCAGUACAUGCGGCGACGCCCACGGCUGCGCCGCCCAUGUAUCCUGCAGCUCGUGCCGCGCUGAGCCCGCUUGCGGCUGGUGCGACGAUGGCGCUGGCGGUGGCCGGGGGGUCUGCUUGCCGGGAGGAGCGAGGAGGCCUCAUGCGCCGAGAGUCUGCGCUCAGCAUCGGAUGACGCUGAUGCAGCUGGAUUUAAAACGAACGUGGGAGGAGCAAGGCGAACACAUGCGCCGAGAUUCUGCGAUCAGCAUCGCUGGAUUUAAUAAUGGGGAGAUGGAGUUGAACUUCCUUCGGCUCAUACUAUCAUACGCAUACGGCGCCUCAUUUCCCCUCGGCGGCUGUCGUCUAUGGUCAGUACAUGCGGCGACGCCCACGGCUGCGCCGCCCAUGUAUCCUGCAGCUCGUGCCGCGCUGAGCCCGCUUGCGGCUGGUGCGACGAUGGCGCUGGCGGUGGCCGCGGGGUCUGCUUGCCGGGAGGAGCUAGGAGACCUCAUGCGCCGAGAGUUUGCGCACAGCAUCGCUGGAUUUAAUAAUGGGGAGUUGGAGUUGAACUUCCUUCGGCUCAUACUAUCAUACGCAUACGGCGCCUCAUUUCCUCUCGGCGGCUGUCGUCUAUGGUCGACCAGCGGCGGCGCCCACGGCUGCGCCGCCCAUGUAUCCUGCAGCUCGUGCCGCGCUGAGCCCGCUUGCGGCUGGUGCGACGAUGGCGCUGGCGGUGGCCGCGGGGUCUGCUUGCCGGGAGGAGCGAGGAGGCCUCAUGCACCGAGAGUCUGUGCACAGCAUCGAUGGCACUUCACCCGCUGUCCUGCGUGCCAGUGUAACGGACAUGCGAUAUGCGAUAGCUCAGCGCGAUGCAUCCAGCCAUGCAGUGGCCGAGCCAUCGGUGAUCACUGCGACACGUGCGCGCCCGGCCAUUGGGGCCACCCAUUGAACGGUGGUUCUUGUCAGCCGUGUGACUGCAACUCGCAAGCUGUGUCGUGUGCGCCCGACUCUGGCCGGUGUUACUGCACUACCAAGGGAUUAGCAGGCGAUCGCUGCGACAAGUGUGAUAACACUAAUCACUACCAUGCCGAUAUCUACAACAAGGGCGCUUGCUACUAUGACCUAGCAGUAGACUACCAAUUCACAUUCAACCUGUCAAAGAAAGAAGACCGUCAUUUGACUGCCAUUAAUUUCCGGAACGCGCCGGUCAAACCGGACGUUGACGCGGACUUCAGCAUAACAUGUUCGGCGCACGCGCGAAUGAAUCUCACAGUGCGCACGCGAGCCGAGCCCGCCGAGCGAACGUUGUUCAGUGACGUCAACUGCACCAACUUCCGAUACAAGUUCGCCAAGUCGGAGCACUCCUUCGGCGUGGAAGACAACGUCACUUUGACCACGUUCUUCGUCUACGUGUAUGACUUUCGGCCGCCACUCUGGAUACAAAUCUCGUUCUCGCAGUAUCCCAAAUUGAACCUGCAGCAGUUCUUCAUAACGUUCUCGUCGUGUUUCUUGCUGCUGUUGCUUGUGGCGGCUGCGCUGUGGAAGAUUAAGCAAAAAUACGACUUAUACAGAAGAAGACAGCGGUUGUUCGUGGAAAUGGAACAGAUGGCCUCCAGGCCAUUCAGUCAAGUCUGCGUCGAGUUAGAACGCGGAUGGGUUGGAGGAGGUAAGCUUACAAUAUUUAGUCGGUUAAAGAUGUGGAGAAAACCGAGCGUGCCCGCGCCGGUCGCUCUCGAACCGUGCCGCGGCGGGCGCGCGGCGGUGCUGUCGCUGCUGGUGCGCCUGCCGACGGGCGGCAGCGGGCGCGCGCCGCCGCUGGGCGGGCUGGCCGUGGCCUCCGCGCUCGUCACGCUGGGCCACCACGCGCCGCCCGCGCCCGCCAAGCUGGCCAGGUGCGGCCCAGUCUCCAAGCGGCGCUCCCAAGGUGAAAGGCUCAAGACUACCACGCAGCACAUAGUCACGCGCCGCCCCGAGCCGGUGCUGUCGCUGCUGGUGCGCCUGCCGACGGGCGGCAGCGGGCGCGCGCCGCCGCUGGGCGGGCUGGCCGUGGCCUCCGCGCUCGUCACGCUGGGCCACCACGCGCCGCCCGCGCCCGCCAAGCGCCCCGACCACCGCUGA